CCCCACAGGCCACGCCCACCGCUCAACCACGUGACUCUCGGUUCCGGAAGAGGAUGGCGGCGGGUCGGCGCCUGGCGCGCUGCGCGGGGACGCAGCUCCCGUUCCGGCUCGGGCUGCUGGUGAUCUUGGGGGCCGCGAUGGCGCCGGAGCCGGCCGGCGGGGCUGCAUCGGAGCCCGGCUACUGGGAACGCACGGCCAGCAGCGUGGGUGUCGCGACGAUGGGGCGGGACCUGUCGCGACAGAACCAGGAGAACCUGUUUGUCUUCUCCAAGACGAUGUUUAAUGGGACCCAGAUUAGCCUCCAAUUUAUGGAAAGUAGCUGUGCCGACCCGAAUAUGUACCUGGACAUCACCUGGUACCUCCGCAGCUCCCGUUGUCACGACGAGGUCUACAUAGAUGAAAACAAAGCAACCCUCUACCUGAUUAAUCACGAAAAUGAGGCCAGUGAGGCUGGGGAUGGCCGCUAUAUUUGGUACAGGAACAAGAGUCUGUGUGGCAGUGUCCUUGAGCUGCACCUCUCGGAACUCUCAACCCCCAGAAAGCUGAAGUCCUUUUCUAAGGCCAGCCCGGCUAGUUCGCCCCUGUCGGAAGUGAACAAGAGGGAGGCUCUCAAACAGCCAAUGACCAAGAAAGAGGAGAAGGCAAAGGACGAGGGAACUAGCCCAGCAAGGAAGGAUAUGCAAAUGCCAGGCGAGGCCCACGCGGGGAAGUCGUCUUCCUCGCCCGAUGAGAAAGCAGGUGAAGGUGCCGAGAAAAAAGGGAUGUCAAAGAACAGCCACCUAGAGCCGGUGGCAGCCACGACCUGGGAGGACGGGCCCUACGUCUUCAUCCUCAGCAUCAAGAACCUGUCGUCUUCCAAAUGGGAGCUCCAAUUUAACUUGCACAUGAAGCAUCCUGAGUACCAGUACAUCUCUGCCUCGGAGAGGCCCCUGAUGGUGUUCUAUAUGGUGAUGUGUAUCGUGUAUGUGCUGUAUGGGAUCCUGUGGCUGGUCCUACUCGCCUGCUACUGGCGAGACAUUCUGCGCAUUCAGUUCUGGAUCGGCGGCGUCAUCCUCUUGGGAAUGCUGGAGAAGGCCGUCUUCUAUGCCGAGUUCCAGAGCAUCCAGAGCCAGGGGAAGUCGGUUCAAGGGGCGGUGAUAUUUGCCGAGGUCCUGUGUGCCGUGAAGCGGAUGCUGGCCCGGGUGCUGGUCAUCAUUGCUAGUUUGGGAUACGGCAUUGUCAAGCCACGGCUGGGGGCUCUCUUGAAUCGCGUCGUCGGCGUGGGGCUGAUGUACUUGCUCUUCUCCAUCAUCGAGGCAGUCCUGCGGGUGAAAUCUGAGCAAACAAAAGCAUCUGCGCUCAUCUGCGAAAUUUUCCUGGCUUUUGUGGAUUCCUGUAUCGUCUGGUGGAUCCUCAUCAGCCUGGUGCAAACCAUGAAGUUGCUGAAGCUGCGUCGGAACCUGGUGAAGCUGUCCCUCUACCGCCACUUCACCAACACCCUCAUCUUUGCUGUCAUCGCGUCCGUUGCCUUCAUUAUCUGGACCACGAAGACCUUCCGGCUUGCCACGUGCCAGUCGGACUGGCAGGAGCUCUGGAUCGACGAUGCCUUCUGGAGGUUCCUCUUCUCCAUCAUCCUGAUGGUGAUCAUGUUCCUCUGGAGACCCUCCGCCAAUAACCAAAGGUAUGCCUUCAUGCCCUUGGUGGACGAAGGCAGCGAGCCAGAGGAUGAAGAGGAAGAGCCCAUGGUCACCGAGGCCUUUGAAGGGAUGAAGAUGAGAGGUACAAAACCUGAAGCCAAUGGGAUCCUGAAGGGCAGCAGAGUGGAUGAAGACUUGAAAUGGGUUGAAGAAAAUAUUCCCUCUUCAAUGGCUGACGUCGUGCUUCCCCCUUUGCUAGAUUCUGAUGAGGAAAUAGUGACUACCAAAUUUGAAAUGUCCAAAAUGGAAUGAAGUCUGGAUCCUGCCCAGCUGCUGAGACAUGCUCUCUCUCUCGCUUCCUGGUGGAUUUCGAACAGAUGAAGAGUUGUAGAUGGUUGUCUUUUUUUUCUUUUUACACAUGCUUAUAUAUAUAUAUAAUAUAUAUAUAUUUGUAUAUGGUUAAAAGAUUAUUUUAUUACUUUUUUGUGGUUAUCUCACUCUGGAGCUUUUUUGCCCAGCAAAGGACCUUCUGCCUGCCCCACUAGUUGGAGAGUCAGGAGUGCCGAGAUCGCCAGCAACCUCCCGCUGGAGAGGAGGAGUGUGGAACAGUCAGACAGGCGUUGCUCACAGUCUGCUUCUCUCCAAAACUGUAUUUGGAGCAAGUCCUUUCUGACGUGGAAACACGAGGACCAUUUGUAUGGUCAGUUUGUGUCCUUUGCAGUUGACCCUUGAGUACUUGGGUCUGCGGCAUUGCCUUUCUGCUGAUAUUGGGGGGGGGUGCAAAAUAGAGGGGUGGGUGGGGAAUGUGUGUGAAUCCAAAGCCAAAAGGACCAUUAUGUUCAACCUGGCUGCAGGGAGAAAGGUUCCUUCUCCAGUUAACUUAAUUUUGCCAGGGCUUACUAGGGAUUGGUGGCUGGAGACGACAGUUUGCAUAUAUCUGCAUAAGUGGUCACUGAGUGGCACUUUGGAUAGGAGGAGGAAAAGAAGGGUAAUGUUUUGCGCUUAGGGUCUGUGUGGAAGUGUCCCGUCUAAGGGCCAGUGUACCACCAUCCUUUGAUGGUGCCCUUAGGAGGAGAGGGGGUAAAUGUCUUCUUGCACAGCAGUUUUUGCAGAUAAGAGGAUGGGGUAUGCCCAACUCCGUACUGAAGGCAAUGUAGAAAGGGAAACGGGUCAGAAGGGCAGGCCCUUAUUGCCAAAGAAAGCACAGUGGCUGAAUUAUGGGAGUUGCCUGCUCACUUGGCUCUGGAAUUAAGUUUCCUACAGCAGGUGGCUGUGCUGUUCCACAGAAAACUGUUUCCUGAAAUUCUGAAUUAAAAGAACAAUACACACUUUUAUUACUAUUCAGCAUAAGGGGAGCUGCUGUGGAAACUCAACCGAGGGUGGUGGCAAUGGGGGCGGCCCGUCUCUGUGAGCAAACGGCACUUCAUGUGCAACCUCCAGAUGGCAGGAGUCGGUUCUUGUUUUCCAAACUGCUGGAUUAUUGACUGUCUGUGCACUGGGCCGGGUAUACGCCAGUGACCUCAGGAGCUCCAUAAACUUCCAGGGCACAGAGGACAUUCCUUCCUUCUACUUUGAGUAGCAGUAGUCUAGAUGGCAACCCUCAUUCCCCUCCGUGCUUGAGCCACAGCACGGUCACUGUCCCCUCAAUUCUCACCCAC